CGCAGGAGGCGGCCCAUGGCUGCCCUUGGCGAGGCGGCGGCGCGGUGGGCACCCGGACUGUGGCGGCGGGCGGCGCGCGCGGCCGCGGCGUUUGGGGGCUGCCGUUUCGCGAGCGGCUCGCAGAACCCUCCCACCUUUGGGCUCCUGUUGGACAUCGAUGGGGUGCUGGUUCGGGGCCACCAGGUCAUCCCCGCUGCGAGGGAGGCCUUCCGCAGGCUCGUGGACUCCCAGGGGCAGCUGCGGGUGCCCGUGGUCUUUGUCACGAACGCGGGGAACAUCUUACAGUGCAGCAAAGCCCAGGAGCUGUCAGCCCUGCUGGGCUUCCAGGUGGAGCCCGACCAGGUGAUACUGUCCCACAGCCCCAUGAAGCUCUUCUCACAGCAUCACGACAAGCGGAUGCUGGUGUCUGGGCAGGGGCCCCUGGUGGAAAAUGCCCGAGCACUGGGCUUCAAGCACGUGGUCACAGUGGAUGAGCUGCGGGCGGCCUUCCCUGUGCUGGACGUGGUGGAUCUGCAGCGGCGGCCCAAGACCACGCCCCUUCCAAGGAACGAGUUCCCUGCGAUCGAAGGGGUGCUCCUCCUUGGGGAGCCCGUGCGCUGGGAGACGAGCCUGCAGCUGAUCAUGGACGUCCUCCUCAGCGACGGGAACCCCGGCACCGGUCUGGCAACGGCCCCCUAUCCCCACCUCCCCGUCCUGGCCAGCAACACGGACCUCCUCUGGAUGGCCGAAGCCAAGAUGCCCAGGUUCGGCCACGGCACCUUCCUGCUGUGCCUGGAGGCCAUUUACCGGAAGGUGACGGGCAGAGAGCUGUGCUACGCGGGCCUGAUGGGCAAGCCCAGCCUCCUCACCUACCAGUACGCGGAGGGCCUGCUCGCCAGGCAGGCGGCGCGGCGGGGCUGGGCGGCCCCGAUCCGGAGUCUCUACGCCGUGGGCGACAACCCCAUGUCCGACAUCUAUGGGGCCAACCUGUUCCACCAGCACCUGCAGACGAGGCGGGAGGGGGCGGCCCGGAGCUGCGCCUCCAUCCUGGUGUGCACCGGCGUGUACGGCCCCCGGGCCCCGGGCCCCGCUGCUCCCAGCCCGGGUGGCGAGGGGCCUCCGUUCCACGGGCACCGGGACCUCGGCUUCAGCCCGGGGCUCCUGCAGGCGGCCCACGUGGUGAGCGACGUGCACGAGGCCGUGCGGCUGGUCCUCGGCAGGGAGGGCUGGGCUCUGUAGCAGGGAGGGAGGUGCCCCCCCCCCCCCCCCCCCCCCCCCCCCCCCCCCGCCAGCGCCGUGACACUCCCGCUCCUCCUGGGCGGGGCCGCACGAUCGUUCCCGGGGUAGCAUUUGGGUGGCAGCCUCAGAUUUUUCUGGGCCGGUUCCUGUCUGCCUGCGCC